UAUUUUACUAUCGUGCUCGAAUCUGUGAUGGUGUCAUGUUGUGUACUUGUGUCACUGACAAAUAAAAUAAAUGGGUAUCCGACAAAAUACCUUGGAACAAAAGAAUCAAAAAUAAUUGAAUUCUUUCUAUAUUUAGCGACAUAAGGGUUAUCGUCGAAUAAUUUUCGUAAUAAGUGUUCAAUAGAUAUCAUAACAAACGCAAAGGUAGUGUUAUUUUAACGUGAAAAUAAAUGUUUGUAUAUCACCUGACCUUUGUUUAUUAUCAACGAAAAUUAUUAUAGAAGCUAUAACGAUGGAUAAUAUCACGUCCACGGAGGAGACGACGUGCUCGGAAGGCGAAGAAGAGCCUAAAAUUGCGGGAACCAGUGAAAUGAACCUUGUAAACCAUAACCAAGGUAAUUCCCCACAGCGACCGACGUCCUUCAGUGAGCUCAAUCAAAUGGAAGAAAAAAUGCGACGUAAGCUACAGUUUUUCUUCAUGAACCCGAUCGAGAAAUGGAAGGCCAAGAGGAAGUUUCCAUACAAGUUUGUAGUCCAGGUGAUAAAGAUUGUACUAGUUACAUUUCAACUUUGUUUAUUUGCACACAACAGAUAUAAUCACGUCAACUAUACGUGGGACAACAGGAUCACGUUUUCCCAUCUAUUUCUCCUUGGCUGGGACUCCACAAGAGAAAUUAAUGCCUACCCUCCUGGUGCUGGACCUCUCGCAGUUUACAAGAUUGAAGAAUUCUAUAAUACCUUGGACUAUGCAUAUGAAGGGUACUCUAAUGUUUUAACCAAUGCUAUAGGUCCAUACUCCUAUAAUGAUGAAAGUAACAUCAAACCUCCCCCAGUAUUUUGUCAGUACAACUACAAACAAGGUAUAAUCAAUGGCUUUAAUGAGAGUUAUGAAUUCAACUCGGAAAUAGUAGAAAAUUGUGUCAACUUUACAAAAACGAACGAUGAAGUGUUUCAUUCCCAGCCAUUCAUUGAAAAAGCAGGCUUAAACAUAAGUUUUGCAUCAUUGGUCCGAGCUAAAUUAAUGUUUUCACUGAAAACUAUUAACUUUAGAGCCGCAGGACCAAUCACUCCUCCAGAUUGUUACCGAUUUGAUAUAGAAAUCAUUUUCGAUAAUGAAGAUCACGAUGGACAAAUGUCUCUAAUUUUGGAGGCAGAACCAUACAAAUUGACUUGCAAAGGAGACACUGCAUACAUUACAGAUAACAAAAUAGAUCAAGUCCUGAGAAGUAUACUCAAUAUUCUAGUUAUCUUGAUAUGUGCGAUAUCUUUUAUUUUGUGCAGUAGAGCCAUUUAUAGAGCUCAAUUAUUGAAGGAGUUAACAGUACAGUUCUUUAGGAGAGCUUACAACAGGGAUUUGAGUAUGGAAGGCAGACUGGAGUUCCUCAAUAUCUGGUACAUCAUGAUUAUAGUCAAUGACAUUCUAAUCAUUAUGGGAUCAGCAAUAAAGGAACAGAUUGAACGGAACCAGUUUACAAAUGACCAGUGGAAUGUCUGUUCCCUCUUCCUCGGAACUGGAAACCUCCUUGUAUGGUUUGGAGUAUUAAGAUAUCUUGGAUUCUUUAAGACUUACAAUGUAGUGAUACUUACAUUGAAGAAAGCAGCUCCGAAGAUCUUCAGAUUCUCAGUCUGUGCAUUGCUGUUAUAUGCUGGCUUCAUGUUCUGUGGUUGGCUAAUCUUAGGUCCAUACCACAUGAAGUUCAGAUCUCUAGCGACGACCUCAGAAUGUCUUUUCUCUUUGAUAAACGGAGAUGACAUGUUUGCGACAUUCUCGAUAAUGUCAAAGAAGUCACCAAUGCUUUGGUGGUUUAGCCGUGUGUACUUAUAUUCUUUUAUAAGUUUGUAUAUUUAUGUAGUGCUCAGUUUGUUUAUUUCUGUUAUUAUGGAUGCUUAUGAUACUAUUAAGCAGUAUUAUAAGGACGGGUUCCCUAAGAGUGACUUGCAACAGUUUAUUGGGGAAGCUAACUUGGAGGAGGUUUCUUCGGGUCUUUACAGGACCCAAAGUUCGACGUCCCUGAAUGCAAUAAUGAAUUCUCUCUUCUGUUGCAAUUUCUACAGAAGUGCAUACUCAAAGAUAGGCGGAGGAAGUUCAAAUUUGAACUUAUAGACUCAUUCUUAUUGUAAUGGUGUAAACACACCAUGCUGUAAAUAUUUAAUCAGUUCAUUUUAUUAUCUUAAGAGUGUAUUAGAUAAAUUUUAUUUAUCUAUGUAUUUUAAUUUAUGAUAGGCAGCUAUGUUACAGCAGCAUGGUCCCUAUUGCUAUUGGUUUAGAGUUUGGUAUUGUCUGUUUAAUUUUUAUAGUGAAAUUGUGGGUGUAACAAGGUAUGAUUGUGUGUCCCAUUUUUAUAAGGACAAGGUAACUGGCAGCACCCUAAUUAUAUAUCACAUUUGUUGUUUACAGUUUUAUUGACAAACUUUUCAUAUAGUUCAGCUAGUCACAAAAUUUUAGCACAAUAGUUUAAAGUCAGCUUUAUCAACGAACAAUUUAAUGUGGAUAUUGCAAAUGUGUCAUUCAAUUAUUUUAUCCUAAACUGUGUUUAAUUCGUCAUGUUUUAACCACAUUUCGAUUAUUUAAAUCCACAGUGAAUACAUAGAUAUAAGUAGAUAAUUGUAAUAUUAUCCUCAAUAAAUUGAAUAACAAUGUAAAAUAUUUUUGUCUCAUAUUACACUUACACUUUAUAUUUUGGAAAUGUGAUUGAAAUAGGGUGAAAAUCUAAGAUAUUACAUUAUGAAUGAGAAUAGUUCAUUCAGAAAAUAUUCAAUAUUUUUAAUGAAAUUACAAUUAAAUCUUCACUAACAUAUUAAUGUAAUAUAUUUUGUACAUAAUGAAAUGGGCACCACAUGAGCAUAAUAGAUGUCUUAUUACGUAGGUACCUAUGUACCUUAAUAUUAAAUAUUAUAUUUUUGUAUGUUAAAGCAAUCAUGUUUGUUUAUGCCCCAUGUUACCUACUCACCAAAGAUAAAUCACCAAACGUAAAAUCGAAAACAAAUUUGAGAUUAGUGCAUAAGUUUGUCAUUGUCACUAUUGCCUCAAUUAAUUUAUAAAUUUUGUUCAAAAUGGGCAAUAAAUUAACUUUAGUAGCUAAUUGCAAGUCAAUCACACGAUAAGUGUUACUUUUUAAUGUAUAUUUUAGUACACCUUGUAUAAAAUAUAACGAAUACAUUAUUUUUGUAACUAAA